AUGUCCACUGCGUCCUCCAGUUCCUCUCAGACCCCUCACCCCGCGCCGCAGAGGAUGCGGCGCAGCACCGCGGGCUCCCCGCCUGCCGCUGCCGGGAGCGGGACGGGGCCGGCUGGGAGCUGCGCACCGGCUGCGGGAGCCGGCCGGCUGCUGCAACCCAUCCGCGCCACGGUACCCUACCAGCUCCUGCGGGGCAGCCAGCACAGCCCCACGCGCCCGGCCACCGCCGCCGCGCUCGGCAGUCUCCCCGGGCCCGGCGGGGCCCGUGGUCCCAGCCCGUCCAGCCCGACUCCACCGCCCGCCGCUGCCCCAGCCGAGCAGGCGCCUCGCGCCAAGGGCCGCCCGAGACGGUCCCCCGAGAGCCACCGGAGGAGCAGCUCACCUGAGAGACGGAGUCCCGGCUCGCCCGUGUGCAGAGUGGACAGGCCAAAAUCUCAGCAAAUUCGAACGUCUAGUACAAUAAGACGAACCUCUUCUUUGGAUACGAUAACAGGACCUUACCUCACAGGACAGUGGCCACGGGACCCUCAUGUUCACUACCUUUCAUGCAUGAAAGAUAAAGCGACUCAGACACCUAGUUGCUGGGCAGAAGAGGGAGCAGAAAAACGGUCACAUCAGCGCUCUGCAUCAUGGGGAAGUGCUGAUCAACUGAAAGAGAUUGCUAAACUUAGGCAACAGCUACAACGCAGCAAGCAAAGUAGUCGGCAUAGUAAAGAAAAAGAUCGACAGUCACCUCUCCAUGGCAACCACAUAACAAUCAGUCAUACUCAGGCUAUUGGAUCAAGGUCAGUCCCUAUGCCUCUGUCAAACAUAUCUGUGCCAAAAUCAUCUGUUUCCCGUGUGCCCUGCAAUGUAGAAGGAAUAAGUCCAGAACUGGAAAAGGUAUUCAUCAAAGAAAACAAUGGGAAGGAAGAAGUGUCCAAGCCUUUGGAUAUACCAGAUGGUCGAAGAGCUCCACUCCCCGCUCACUACAGGAGUAGUAGUACCCGGAGCAUAGAUACCCAGACACCCUCUGUCCAAGAGCGCAGCAGUAGCUGUAGCAGCCACUCCCCUUGUGUGUCUCCAUUUUGUCCUACGGAAUCCCAGGAUGGAAGUCCUUGUUCAACAGAAGAUUUGCUCUAUGAUCGUGAUAAAGACAGUGGGAGUAGCUCACCGUUACCCAAGUAUGCUUCAUCUCCCAAACCAAACAACAGCUACAUGUUCAAACGCGAGCCCCCAGAGGGAUGUGAGCGAGUGAAGGUCUUUGAGGAAAUGGCGUCUCGUCAGCCUAUCUCGGCCCCUCUCUUUUCAUGUCCUGACAAAAACAAAGUUAAUUUCAUCCCAACCGGAUCAGCUUUCUGUCCUGUAAAACUUCUGGGCCCUCUCUUACCUGCCUCUGACCUGAUGCUCAAGAACUCUCCUAAUUCUGGCCAGAGCUCGGCCCUGGCAACACUAACGGUAGAGCAGCUCUCCUCCCGGGUCUCCUUCACAUCUCUUUCUGAUGACACCAGCAGAGCAGACUCCCUGGAGCCCUCUGUCCAGCAGCCGUCUCAGCAGCAGCUCCUACAGGAUUUGCAGGCGGAGGAACACAUCUCCACUCAGAACUAUGUGAUGAUCUAAAGCAAGGGGGAGCUGGCCUCCACCCAUGUUCCAUGGAUCAGGAAUGAGAUCUCAGACAUCUAUCUGCAUGGAGCGACAAACUUUCUAAACACCACCACCAACAGCAAAUACUUAGCAUCAUAAAAAUAGCUAUUAACACUGAUCUUGGCAGGGACCUACUUCUAUUCAGCAGUUUUUGUGGAAAGCAGUAAUGCUUGCAAAAUGUGUGUGUCAUUCAGCAUUUAAGUGGAGACUAUGCAUUUCAUAGUAUGUCUGACAGAUUAGUACUGUGUCCUGUGUUUUGUUCCAAAUUUUUCAGUAUGAAUAAGCUCUAUUUCAAAAAGUUGCCUGUCUAAGUAGAAAAUGUCUUGCUGUGUUUUGUCCUAUGGAAGAUACUGUACUUCAGGAUUAUGUUUACAAUUGAUCCAGGUGUUUGUUUCUAACUUCUAUAAUACAUACAAUGCAAAAAAAAAAAUGGCCACAACAGUUGCACAGUGCCCACCCUAUGGCCUAGCUUCAGGUACUUCAGUUGAAGUCUAAACUCAGGUAACUUGGAAUGUAUGUCAUAUUGGGAUAUUAAAUAUGUCACAGCUACAAAGCUAAGAGGGAACAUCACUCUUUUGCCUUUCCUUAUUUUAUGCAUUUCCUUUUCAUCAUUCCAUUCCACAUUAGAAUAAGAAGUGCAUUCAUCCCUAGGAGAUGGCAAUCCUGGGUAUGGGGAACAUGAGGAGAACCAGCAAAUCUGUGGUGUAUAACAUCACUUUUGUCAUGUGGUUACCAGUAGAACAACUGUUGCAUUCACUGUUUCAACAUGUGUAAAUGUGGCUUUAAAAAAAAAAAAAGUUGUGUUGCUCAGUUAAUGACUGUUACAAUGUUGCAAAUGAAGCUUCAGUAGAUGAUACAUAAACAUUCCACAUUGUGUGUGAUGAAAUUUAAAUACAAGAAUGGCUGGAUUUAAUUUCAAAGCAAGUGAAGUUUUGCAGGAAUAAAUAAUUAAGGAUUUUUGUUUAUAUUGGCCAUUGGGGUCAUAAUUGCUACUAUUUUUAUCUAAAGACAUAUUUAUGUGUAGCUUCAUUUUAGGAAAUUUUAAUUUGCUGGUUACAAAGUGAGACAUUUUGGUUCCUGUUUUCCUCAAGUAUUUGAUGAAUGAGUUGUAUUCAUGUAGAGAGAAUGUGUAUGUCUCAGAACCAAUGCAGCAUAAGCAAGCAGAUUUCUUGUUGACUCACAAGAGCAAUAGCUUAAAGCUGUCUCAUUUAAGCCUCAGAUAACACUAUCAUGAAUAAUUUUCUUAAGACUUGGAAUGUGUGGAGUGGAGCAGAACCCCAAGUAACUAGCCUUGAACUUGCAGACUUGACAGAAGUUCUCCACAAAGUGUGAAGAGAGCUGUAGGAUUCCUGACGGGUCACCUGGAGAGCCUGACUUCAGACAUUGUUUUCUGCAGCACAGCUUAUGCAAAAGUAAAGGGAAGCUUUUGUUUUUGUAUUUGUAUUCCAUCCCUUUCAGUUCAGUUAGAGCCUAGCGUUCUCUCAUCUCCACAGAAAGUGUGUGGCACAUUUUUUGUUUGGUUGGUUGGCUUUUGUUUUGUUUUGUUUUGUUUUUAGAAUUAGGGGAACAAGUUGCCUACAGUUAGUGUUCAGGUUUCCUUAGGUCAUUCCUGAGUUUUUCUCUGACUCUUCCAAGGAGUCGAUGAGUAGAAGGAUGUGAUGAUAAAGCGACACCAUUUUAAUUUUUACAAAAUGCUGUGUAUUUAUAUGCAUACAUGCGCACCCAGAUGUGUGGAUGUGUGUAUUCUGUGUGUUAUUUCCUCACCUCAAUCUCCUUUCCACCAAAGUUUGCAGUAAUACUCUCUCCUGAAGGUGUGUUCUGGCUCACAGUCAGUGUUAUAGAGACUGUCAUGGAGAAAAAGACUAAGUUGACUUUUGCCAUUUUCACAGGGGAACCUUUUAAAACAAUCUUUUCAGCAGCAGACACCUUUAACCCUAAUAAUCUCAGGCCUUGAUGAAAAUACUAUAUUUUGUAGAUUAUGGUUAAAGGAAGAAAAUUACUAGUUCCGUAAGAUAAAUAUGAGCUCCAUUUAACUUCUGAUAUCUGGGUUAGCAUUACAUGAUGUGUUGAGCGUAUGCUCUGCUUUUGUCUAAGAUGCAAUAGUAUCAUCAAUUUCAGAAAGAUGGACUGAAUAUACCUUUUUUGGUGAUGAAAUCUAUGUACGAUAUUUAUAGUGAUGUGCUUUUAUUUUCUCAUGAGAAACUAAAUAUUGUUUGUGUUGUACAUUUGUUUUUAGCAUAUAUUAAAGUUUUGAACCAAAUGUGUUGAAGCUUAUGCUUUGCCAUGUAAAUUUCCCAGAAGUUGUUGAGCUCAAAUGUAUCCUACAUCCAGCUGUAGAAACUUGUCAGAAAUUGUUUAAAUUUUGUAUAUAGGUGUACUGUUUAAUUUUAGCCACUGCGCUGAACAGUAUUCAAGUUAUAUAAUAUGGCUUUACACAAGAAAUGUGUGGCUUCUGUUUUGUAUUUUUUUCAGUAUAGAAGUUCCUGUGUCUUAUUUAAAUAAAGUUAUUAGUAAAACUGGAA